UUGGCCUUCCAUAUCGUUAAAUCUGUUUAUUUUACAGAAAUUCGUUCUCAACUAAAUGAGCAAAUUCGGUGUAUAGGCGAGCGAACUGAGACGCAGAUUGCUGUUCUUCAGGAACUCGAUGAUUUUUUUCGUAAACGUGGAGAAGCUGAGGCGGAGUACUCGCGUCAGUUGGAGAAAAUAGCCAGAGGUAUCAUGCAACGUCACAAGGCAGAGAAAAACAGGCGCGACAGUUGGACACAACAUGCAUCGUGCUCAGCCUGGCAACAGUUAGUGGACGACACUAAGAGCGAAGCCCAGCAGAGACAGAUGCUUUCUGAACUGUACAGUAAACAUAUCAGUGGCAGCAUUAGUUCCAGAUGUGAGGACUUGAGCAAAAUUAGUAAGCGGUGUCGUGAAAUUGGUGCCUUAUCUCAUAGCGAAUUGAACCGUGUGCUUACUGAACUACACACAGCAAUGAAAACAUAUCAGUUGUGUUAUGCGGAAAUGACUGGUGUUGAACGGAAACUGCGAAUAGCUGAAGAGGAAAAAAGGCGAUAUGAAGAAGCGAAUCCUGAAAAGGCUGAGGGAACUCGCAAAUACCGCAAUUUGUGCAAAGAGAGGAUAAGUAUGGAGCUGUUCAUUCAAAAUGUACAAAAGGACGUAAUGAAUAUCUCAUGUGCGUUCGCGCAGCAAAUGCUGCAUUACACAGGGCAGGUGGUUGAGGUGCGUAAACGUCUCACACAAAGAGAAAUGGACAGUCUGGCAGAAUUGGGUACGCUUCGAUCGGCAAUAGACGCAAAAGCGGACAAACAGCGGUUUUUUGAAGCACACCACGCCACAUUUAUGCUUCCAAAACAAUUCGAGUUCAGGCCACAACUGGGUGACUGUGUAUGUGCGGUUUCGGCUGAAAACGGGAUAGCAAUUGAAUUGGCACAGCGCCAAAAGCAGAUUGAGAAACGGCUAGAAGGCUUACGAUUCGAGAGCGAUGAAGUGUGGAAGAGUUUGGAAGCAUCUGAUCGCCAACUUCUCACAAUGUACAGUAAUGAUUUCAAAGAGAAAGAAGAGCCUGGCAAAUGGCGGCAAGAUAUUCUGGUCACCUAUCAGUACUAUCUCAAGAAGUUUGAAUACUUCUUGCUUAAUGGCAAUUUGAUCGAGAGGCUAGAGGCCAGAAGCCGCGCAAUUGGCGAAGCGCUUUCUCGAGAAGCUGGAGCCUCAAUGAAGAGUACAUCUGUUGCAACAUCAGAGGAAAGAACGAGGCGACGUCCGAAAAGGAUUGGUGUCGCUGGUGGCGAUGAAUCAAAACCACGACCAAAACUCUUCGGAGGAAGUCUGGAUGAGUAUGUGGAAGCGACUGGUGAGGCAAUACCACUUGUGGUUGUAUCUGCUAUUUCCUACCUGUCGCGGUAUUCAUUACGGAACCAAGGUCUGUUCCGUGUGAGCGGCUCUCAGUCGGAGAUAAAUCGGUUCAAGGAGGCAUAUGAACGAGGAGACGACGCCUUCACAGAGUUGUCAGACGGCAGUGAGUCGAACUCAGUGGCUGGCGUUCUGAAGUUGUACCUGAGAGAACUGCGUGAGCCGUUGUUUCCGAUCUUCCUAUUCGAUCAAUUCACUGAUUGCGCUAAAGCGGAUUCCGCUCAAGAUUUUGUGCGGAAAGCAAGGGAACUGAUUGAAAAGUUGCCAGUUUCUCACGUAUUAUUGCUUCGCUUUUUAUUCUCUUUCCUUUCGCAUCUCUGCGAGUUUGCGGACGAGAAUAUGAUGGAGCCUCAUAAUAUGGCAAUUUGUUUCGGUCCCACUCUGCUGCCAAUCCCCGAGGGAAAGGACCAAGUUUUUUAUCAUAACUUUGUGAACGAACUGGUGCGAAAUCUGAUUAUUCACGUGAACGAAGUGUUUCCGCAAGAUUUGCCCGGUCCAGUUUACGACAAGUAUGCAGCAAUAGCGGACGAAGUCGAUCAUAUGGGCUAUAUGGAUGAAGCGGACGGUCUAUCCGAAGACGAAGACUGUUUACGAAAUGGUAGCGGUGUUUCAGCGGAUUCAGCACUCGCUGAAUCUACUUACGACAUUUCCACCUCUAUAGAUAUAGUACGUGAUGCAACCACCUCAACGCUUCAACAGGCAGCAACACCAGAGGAACCCAGCCAACCGCCGAGUCUUUCAUCGAGGUCAUCAAAUCGUUCAAAUCUCGAGGCAUAUCUUCGGCGAAUGUCUGAAGAUGUGUCACCAGCUCUACGGACCGACAUACCGCAUCUUAUCGCUAAUGAGGUGGCCGCGAAAUUUGCUGCAAAGGAAAAGGCUGCUACAUUGACAAGUGUGAAGCCAACGACGGCUACGGAACACGAUCGUCCCUCAUCACACUCAUCGCACACCUCAACAACCCCAUCACAUGUGUCUCACUCAUCAGUGCAGUCGACGUCAAAUGCUCCGGUACAGCUGGUUAGUGCAUCGGCGGGCGCAGCACAUGGAAGCGGAUCACUGAAUUCCGGCCGACUUCCUGUAAUGACAUCGCUACGAGAUCAACUGCACCAUUUUCGGAGGGAACUGAAUAGUGGGAGAGAAGAUACCUCCAGGGUGUACCCAAUGUCCGAGGGUCUUAGUUGCUACACAAGGCGCGUAGGUCAUCAAGAAGGCUCAGUAUUGGAUGCCAGAGGAAAUAGUGAUGUUCCGAGGCAUGCGGAGCACUUCUAUGGCGAGGUACGUUCGUCUACUGGUGAACGCGGCAGUGAACCGGCGCUAAUGAAGACCGAUCAACCUGAUGUAGUGGCAUCGGCAAGACAUUCAGUUAGAGCUCAGAGUGAACUGCACAAAUUUCGCGAUCGCGAGAAUGUGUCACCCCCGCUGGAUGAACUGGCUGCAGCCGCAAUGAAAGCCUCUAGAUAUGUCCUGCACAAUACCGCCAUUAAGUAG